AUGCAUCACAAAAUCGUCGCUUUAGAUGCAUGGUAUGUGCCUAUUCCCCCGGAUCUACUCAACCUACCACCCCCAUGCGCCUACGAGUUGAAAGGCUGCGAGAAACAACUUAUUUCAAACGAUGAUAUUCAUGAGGCUGUGAGGGAUGCUACUAUAAUUGCUCUCACACACACUCGUCUUGAUGCCUCAACUCUCUCAGCAGCCAUAACUCCAAACCUUCGUUUGAUCGUGGCCAUUGCAUCUGGGACUGAUAGCAUCGAUAAGGAACAGUGUAAAAAAAGGGGGAUUAUGGUUCUUAAUUCGCCAGGCACAAAUGCUGAUAGCGUUGCAAAUCACAUCAUGGCAAUGUACUUUGCUUGUCGCCGACGUCUUUUGAUGAUGCAGAAAACCGUGUUGAGAACAGAUGAAUGGGUUAAACAUGGCACAAUCACAACUUUGAUGAACUCUAAGAAUAAUGACGCGCCAAUAUCAUGUAAUGAAGAAAUUAUUGGGCUUAUCGGAUAUGGCGCAAUAGGUCGGCGUGUUGCUCAGCUUUGCCGUGCCCUCGGGAUGACUGUUCUGAUUGCUUCUCGAAAAGGUGCAGUAUCGGACGCUGUUCCAACUGUUGAUAAACAAAAGAUGGUGGGCACAGAAGCCGAUGAUGCUCGAACACCGUUCGUGGAAGUUCUACGUCGAUCAUCAGUGCUUGUUCUAUGUCUACCGCGCAACUUGGAAACGCUUAACCUCAUAUCUCAUGACGAGUUUCAAAUGAUGUCUCGAAGGACUAUCAUGAUAAACGUCUCACGUGGUGGUAUUGUUGAUGAGUUAGCCCUCAUUCAGGCUUUAAAAGGGGGCAUGAUCGAUGGGUGUGCAACAGAUGUAUUUUUAAGAGAGCCCUCUGGGGCUGGUGAUCACUGGAAAGAAGGUGAUAGCCCAAUUCUCAGGCUCAACCAAGCUGAAGCCGAGGAAAUGAACUUACUUGUUACGCCCCAUGUGGCGUGGUAUUCAAGGGCAACAAUAGAUGGCUACUUACAAACGUUUAAGCAAAAUGUUGAAGAUUGGUGUGCCGGAAAGGCAAGGAAUAUUGUUGUAUAG